AUGGGUGACGAAAUGAUUGUUAGCAUAGAAGACAGGUUGUCAGGUGGGGGCAAGGCUACCAGAGCACACCCAGUGAAACAGCGUCCUUUCCCCUAUGAACAUAAAAGUACAUGGAGUAUUCAAAACUUUAAACAUUACACUUGUGCUCUAGACCUCACCAAGUGUCGUUCCAUUCAGGAAAAAAUGUUAUUUGCUCAGCACACAGCUGCCAGAUUUUCAUUUAACCACAAUAUCAACACUCAUUUGGCCAGACUCUCCAUAGUCGAAAACACAAUCCCCACUCCCAACUCUGCUUUUAAGGAGAAGGCUCUACAUGCCCUGGGAAACUUGAAUGUGAGUGCUGAAAAUCAGUCCCAGAUUAAGUUGUACCUCAAUGAAGUGUGCCGGGAAAAUGUGUCACACUGCUGCAACUUACUUCUGCAGCAGGCUGGAUUAAAUUUGCUAAUAAGCAUGACAGUUAUUAAUAAUAUGCUUCCCAAAUUCGUUUCAGACUUGAAGAUUCCUUUGAUAACAGAGCAAAGUGGAUGUGUUGAGCUUCAGGGUUUGCAACCACUGAUAGCUCUGUCUUCAAAACCAGUCAUGGCAGGGGACUUUCUAGGUGCUCAAAUGCCUUAUAGAUGCUGA